AUGCCAGCUCGAUCUAGUCCGCUCCUAUCCAGGAUUGCUCCUCCCCUGGCAGCGGACAAUCACUAUGAUCACAGCGGUUUACUUGUCGUGAUUACCUCGCUAGCUUUGUUCCUAGCCCUGGCCUCUUUUUCGAUCCGUGCAUUCGCUGCUUCAAAAAGAUCGUUCAUGCUGAAUGAGGAUUACGUACUUCUCGCCGUAGUGAUAUCUGCAUGCGUACAAGUCUCGGUUACUCUAGCCUCGGUUCACUAUGGAUGGGGCAAAACACGAGAUAUGGUUUUAGACAAGGAUUUCAUACCCAUGUUGAAGACGGUUUAUGUAGCGGACUUGUUCUAUGUCCUUGUCAUCGGCCUAUCGAAAGUUUGCUCGGCAGUAUUUUAUCGGAACCUCUCCAUCCGUCGCUCUAUGCGUGCGAACAAUGUCAUUCUCGCUGCUUGUUCGGUGUGGACUGUUCUCGCAAUGGCCGUUAUGGGGGCUCGUUGCAGUAAGAGCCCGUGGAAAGAUAUUGAUAAUCACUGCGUUGGUCUCCUGCCACGUUGGAAGGCUGUCUGCGCCUUAGAUAUCGUACUCGAAGCAUUCAUCCUGGCCUAUCCAGUGGGAAUUAUCUAUAAGGUUCAGAUUUCUCCUUUAAAGAAAUUUGUUGUCUUUGCCAUUCUCAGCUUCCGCAUUAUCCUCAUUCCUCUCUCUGCCGCCCAUCUUUACUUUAUCCAGAAACAGGUCCAGUCAACUGAUCCAACUCUUACUGGAACGUACGCGACGACAGUCGCCCAAAUCCAUGUCGGCGUUAGCGUUCUCGUGCUUACCGUUUCAUCGCUAAAGAUGUUCGUGGCAGUCUAUGAAGAUGAGCAGGGGCUCGCAUAUACCGAAGAUGCUUCGAAGGUACUGGGCAUUAGCGAUAACGAUAACAGUCGACAGUCGAAAGCGAGGUCAGGUAGAUGGUCUCGACAGACGAAGGAGCCCAGCACGUCAUCCACUGGCUGCGAUGAUGGGCCCGCCAUACCCUUGGCCUCAGGAGCGCGAGGUAGUAGUAACGCAAUCGUCAAAAGCGUACAUAUCUCAGUAACCCAUGAGGAUUGUGAGCAUAUCGCGCUGGGGAAAAGAGGGCCACAUGGUCAUAGUGGAAGUGUUAUGUAG